AUGGAUACCCAGAAGAACCAGCAGUCCACCCAAGCUACGGGCUCUCCCCAGGCAAGGCGCUCGUCCUUUACUCCUACCUUCGAGGGUCUCCAGAAGCAACGUUCGAACAGUAUGAGCCAUGCCGCUAAAUUCGAUGACCAACGUGCCAGCUCCGGAUGGCUUGGUAAUGCUUGGAAGAAGUUCACAACUGGCAGAGAUCAAUCUGCUUAA